GCGCUCAUUGUUGAAUAUGUCUGGAAGAGGCAAAGGCGGUAAGGGACUCGGGAAAGGAGGCGCUAAGCGUCACCGUAAAGUUUUGCGCGAUAACAUCCAGGGAAUCACCAAACCCGCCAUUCGUCGUCUGGCUCGCCGCGGCGGCGUCAAGCGCAUCUCCGGUCUGAUCUACGAGGAGACCCGCGGAGUGUUGAAGGUGUUUCUGGAGAACGUGAUCCGCGAUGCCGUCACCUACACCGAGCACGCCAAGAGAAAGACCGUCACCGCCAUGGAUGUUGUGUACGCGCUGAAGAGACAGGGACGCACCCUGUACGGCUUCGGGGGAUAAACGCCUGAAACCAGGACAAACCACACAAACCCAAAGGCUCUUUUAAGAGCCACACACUCUGACACAUAAAGAGUCAAUGUUUCAUGUCAAAUCAAAGAACUUAAGUUUCAGAA